AUGGCGGACCAAGCCGAAGUUGCUUUUGUCAAGAACUUCAUCAACACUCUCGGCUCUCAACCCGUUACCUUCGAGAACGACUUUCAACAGUCGCCAGAGAACACGCUGAGGAAGGUUCCUGUACUUCAGGUGCCAGUACCACAGCCCCCAGAACGCAAAGUCGGGGAGUCCUCGUCUUCAUCAUCAGCUGAAACCAUCCAAAUAGUCUUCAAAUCCCUCAAACCCCCCUUCUCCGUAACCCUCCCCAUAAACCCCACCGACUCCAUCUCCACCCUCAAAUCCCUCCUCUCCUCCCAACCCCGCGCACCCCCCGCGGACGCCCAACGCCUCCUCCUCAAAGGCAAAGCCCUGGCCGACUCCAAACUCCUCAAAGAAUAUCCCAUCAAAUCCGGCGACACCAUCAACCUCAUGGUCAAACCCGGUUUCGAAUGGGAUCCCACCAAGGAAUCCUCUCCCGCCCCCGCUGCGCCCAGCACCCCACCACCCCCGGCGACCACCGCGAACGACGACCGCUCGUUGAGUCCUAAUCCCCAGGGCUCGGGCGUGGGUGAAGGAGGACCAGGAGGGAAGAGAAAAGGGCACGGAAGGAUACCGAGCGUUGUUCUUUCGCCUUCGCCGUCGAGCAGUGGCGUGGACCUUCCGGAUGUGACGCUCGUGCAUGAUAAUGGAGGGAAAGGGAUACAUGGAGAGGUGCACAUGGAUAUUGAUAGGCCUCCGUCUGCGGGCUUGCCGCAGACUACGUAUCGGAAUACGGUCUCGCAGCCUGAAUUUUGGGAGAAGUUGCAUGUAUUUUUCAGUGAGGAGUUCUCGAACCGCAGCGACGUUUCCACCGCCUUCGAAGAGUUCCUCAACGCGAGCAAGGGUCAACUCACCGCGAGCGAAAUCGCAAUGAUCAGGGAUCGUGUCGGUGUCCUCGGCAUGGCUGGCACAUAAGUACAACCUCCACGGAAACGUCGAGCACGGAAGGUUAAGUGAGGUGUGGAGAUACCCGAACCAAGUUGUCGAAAGAAAGGAGGCGAGUUACGGAUACGGAUAAUAAGGGCAUCAAGGUCGAGAUACAAUAUGCGUUCGGACUAAAGUCCUGGGUUUUUGGCGGUCACUGUGAUAAUGGUCAGCGGUUAGCAUUGCAUAUCAUUUGUAUUAUAGAACGAAUCAAAUCACAGUUGUCGAUUU